CUGUAAAUUGGGACCUCAGAAGAAUGACGUUCGCUAUCGAGUGUUGACCGCGACUAUGAGAGUUUGACUGUUCAUUUCAUUCAUCUGAAGGAAAAUACGAUAAAAUUUACGAUUUCCAGCUUCUUUUAUAAUACUUUGUGUAACUGAAUAAUAAUUAUCUUGAAUAGAAAUCACAUUCUCGCAAAAUACCCUUGGGUGGAACGAAGUUGGAAAAAUCGGGGUUCGUUGUUUAUAAGAAAUGGUCCCGGUAUUUAUCCAGUCUUUGUUCCGAUAUUUUCACUCGCGCAUGCGUGUUUGUGCUAUGGAACGAGUUCAAAAUGGUGGAUUUUUUGUUCUGGAUACGAUCACGAAAUAAAACAUAUUUAUCAUUUUCAUAGCCUGCCCGCAAAUGUAAUUGUACCUUUUUCCCAGUAUCAUGAGAAAUGUCAUCUUCAUCGCCUACUAACCCAAUUUCAAGAAAUAAGAUGAAUCUGUCAGUUGCAUCUUUAAUAAACAAUACAGCUAAUAAUACAAAACUUUCAACAACGGAAAAACAAGCAAAGCAGCAAGUAAUUUGCACAUGUUCAACAAAUACGCAAACUAAAAACACCAUAGCCACAUCUCUGCCAGCACGCAAUGUACCAACCUUAGCCUAUUCUGAGUUGCUUUACAAAACUAUAUCUUCCCACAUCAAUUCGACAUGUUCAAUUUCUUCUUCCGCACUUGGAUCAGCUGGCAUUAUUUACACUCACAGUUUACAGAACAUCAGCAAUAAAACCAAUAAUUCCACAAUUUAUACUAGCACUGUUAAUCCAUUAUCACAUAUGAAAUCAUUGACUAAUUCUGUUAUCAUGCAAGGUACAAACCUAAAUGUUUCCCAAGCGAACAGCUCCUAUAUUCAUAUAAAACCAGCACCAGCUGUUUUAUAUAAAACUGCCAAUUUGGCAGCAGGUGAAGGGCUUAUUAAAGUAAGUCGCCAAAAUAUGAGUGCCUUCACAAAGUCACCAAACAUUCAAACUAGCAGUAAUGCAUUGAUCACAGGAAAUGUUGUUGGGGUUUCUAAUAUAGAACAGAAAACAUUCCAAGCUGUUAAAACUGGUAAUGCAAAUGGACCAAAUCUGACGUUACCUCCGAUAUUUGUCCCAAGAGGGUGGAACCGCAUCUUAGAAAAAGAUGGCAUAACAUAUGUUAGUCCAAAUAAAAGUCGACUACGCCAUCACGAUGACCUUGUUAACUAUCUGCUAUCUGAGUCGACCUGCAAAUGUGGACUGGAAUGCCCUCUCAAACCGGAAGAAGUGUUCAGCUUCAAUCCGAAAGUUCCGAGUAAAUUUGGUUUUUCUGCAAACACCGAUCCCAAUCACGUGACUGCUUGCGGUGUUUGUAAACGUUUUGAGGAGUGCUUUCCUUCUACUAGCAGAAUAAAGCAUGAGCGCAGAGGAAGAAAACCAGGAAAGGUUAAAAGGGGAGGAAGCGAAGAUGAAAAGACUGUCCCGGACAGGAAGAAGAUUCUGUUGACUGGUGCUUCACCCUUAGAGAUGUUUCAGACUGGCAUGGAUGUGAUAAAUGCCUUAUCGGCCACCCCUUUUAAAGGUGCUGGAGUAACUGAAAAGAAAGAGGAAACAACGUCAGCUUUUUCGAAUUUAAAGGUACGCAGCAAAUCUCUUGGUUCACCGCCACCAUCUUUAAGUAAGUUCCGCACCAACAGCGUUCCAGGAUGUGACACUCAAGCAUCGAUUGGAAAUUUAAAUCUAUCUAACACAGACGCCUCAUCUACGACUGAUAAAGUUCCGCAAAAUUCGUCUUUAAGUAAAGCACCUACAGUUAACAAAAGUGUUGUAACAUCAUCUAAAUCAAAGCCGUCAUUUUCACCUUUAAUAAAACCUAAUCUUGUUGAUAUGCCUUUUCCUAAGUCUUUGAUGGGAGAUAAGAAAAGACCGCGCAAGCCCUCAAGUAGAGGAAGAGGAAGAGGUAGCACCAUAAGAACCCCAGAAGAAAUGACAUACUCGAAAAAGAAGACACUUAAAAAAGUGCUUCCAGAUGCAGCAGUAAAAAAGGCGAGCGAGUUGCAGCUGAAUGGAUACAUGCAACACACAAAUUACUUCCCAGCUCAAAAAUCAAUGCAGAGCGCGGAUGCUAUUCCGUCAUUACAGACCAUUCAGUCCACACCGGUGUAUGUGUCAAAUCAACAAGUCAUGACAUCUCAAGCCAUGCUAUCGACUGCUGGUAAAACUCCUGCCGAGUUAAAAGAAAUCUAUUUGCAAGCAGCAAUUAUCAAUCAGCAAUUACAAGCAGCCUCAACUUAUGGGAAAGUCACGUUAGUUUCACCAACUGGUUCCACGUUGGCUGUUGAUGCACGAAACGCAGUUCAGAUCCCUAUGGGAAACCCAGCAGCACCACCUAACCGAACUAUUAGCUCUGUUAACCAAUUACCAGAAGCACUUAGAAACCAACUUAACAGUAUAAAUUCUCAGUCUUUGCAAUUGUCGCAACCAUCUCAUGCUAUUGUCACUUCUUCGCAUUUGCAACAAGAACAAUCAUCUGCAUUAUCACAGCAACAAUGCAACGCUUUGGUGAAAACCGCUGUAUUAACAACUAGGAAAACCUCAUCAGAGUCAACCACUGAAACAUCUAUGCCUCCUCUAGCCGUAACAGGGGCAACUAGUCAGCAAGUGAACAAACCUCUACCCGAACUCAGUUUGUCAACAACACUUGUUUCAAGCAAUUGUUCUCAGAGUCAAACACCUGCUAGUGGUCAGCAAAUGGUGUUGGUGCAAUUUUUGACUCAAAAUGCAAGCAACUCUCAAACAACUACGGCGAAAGUGAAUACGCCUAUCGUACGGACAUAUUCCGUACCACACCCACAGGCUUACGUGCAUACAGAACCGCAAAAUAAAAUUUUGCUAAUGGGGAAUGGUAAUGCAUCCCAAGCAUUGAAGACAUUGGCGAUGCAGAAGUCACCCAAUGCACAACAAAAUCCAGUUCAAAUUGAGGACGGCAAGAGGACAUUGCAAAUACAAGGAUUGAUACCGAUGAAUGCACACCCGUCCCAGGCUGUUGCUGUUGCGCCCACGAUGCCUGUACAAUAUGUGACAGCUGUUAACAGAUCGGGUUAUCCGAUAGCGAAACAACAACUUGAUAAUCCUUACCCGAUGAUACAAUACCCUACCCAGCCUAUGUCGUACAUGUAUCCGGCAAAUACAGGUGUGUUACGACCAUCGAGUUCUGAUAAAACUGGCAAUUUUGUUCGUAUUGCUCCAGCAGUACCUCCGCCGGGUACAGCCAAAGUUCAGUUGUUUGAGCAAGAAAAAAAGAAAAAAGAACAAGAGUUAUUAGAAAGCAUGCAAGAACAGCUACGUCGAGAUUCAGUUGUUUCACAAGUCUCACCAGCAGCCCUCUCUGGUGCACUCUCCUUUAUCACAAGCGUGGCACUUGCAGCGUCGAAAACAAACACUCCAUCUACCGCUACACGAACCAUAACACCCGGAAACGACCCACCAGCAAGUAUUUCUAUUUGUGACAAUGUCAAUCCUGCCAAACUGCAAACGAAUAUAUCAACAGCCAGCAGCGUACCCUUUACUUCAUCUGGUGUUAGUGUCACAGCGGAUGUAUCUGAACAAGCAUCCACUGUAUCGUCAACAGCGUUAGCACCGUCAGAUUUAAAAUCGCACGCGUCACUUAUUAUCUCGUCGUGUCUUUCUAACAAAAUUACAAGCCGCCCCGAAAAUUCGCUGCCUUCAGCUGAAUUUCAAAAAUCCGACGCACAAAAGUCGACCGCACUAUCUGAUGAAGUUACUCUUCAUUGUGACGAGCAAUCCAGUGAUCUGCUUUCUAAUAGUGAUGGGAGUAAACCACACUCGCCGAAGCACUUUCCAGAUAAUAUGCGACCAGACACGCCUGUCGACAAGUCACUCCGAAAGACUACGUCAUUCAUUGAAGGUGAUCUUGUUUGGGUGCAAAUAUCAGGCUAUCCAUCAUGGCCCGGUAAAAUUAUCAACUACAUAGAUGCUAAAAAAAGUCAACAAGAUGGAAAGUUGCUCUAUGUGAGUUGGUUUGGUUCGAAUCAGAUACACUCAGUCAACGCCUCACAAUUGAAAGCUUUCGAUGAAGGGUUCCAGGGAUUGGAUUGCAAUUUAACGAAGCGUGGCUAUAGAGCUAACAAGAAGCAGUUGAACGAUCUGGAAAAGGCAAUAGCUGAAGCUUUAGAAGAAUUAGAAGCUAGGACGGGAGGUUCAUCAUAAAUUGGCUGUUUUGUCAACAUUGGCGCCUCUAUGUCUAAAUACUGUACCACGAAAAUAAUUUUUUCUGUUGCUGUCAGUAUACAUAUCUUUCCCUUUUGAAACGUUUUACAACUUGCAGUAGUCUUGUAUGCAUGCACUUCCCAUCAUUUUAUACCUUCCUAAGAUUAUUUUACCGUUCUUUAUAUCAAUCUUUUUAAUAAUAUUCUAAAUUAAUUGAAUUUUUAUUUUGUGCGGUAUAGUUCCUUAUAUUUACUCGCGCGCGAGUGUUUACAUUACUCGACUUUAAUCUGUAUAUAAAAUAUAUUUGUUGUGAAAUAUGUAUUUACUUUAGAUGUUUUGUACAUCGUUUUACAACCAUGUUAUGCAUGUUUUCACUUACUCAGUUAAAACACAUAAGAAAUUGAUCGUGUUGUGUUUUGGUAAGUGAGUACCACAAGAUGCAUUAUACACGUGGGAUAGUGAUGACCUGGUGUAAAGAAACGCUUUUUACUCAUUGAAAUAAAUUAUCCUGUAAUUAUUUA